UCCGGGCGCAAUCUCAUACUGCUGUGUUGAAUCAAAGGAAAACCGAAGUCCAGGAGGAUUUGAAACCCAAGGUCGCCCCGUCACGCAGCGCACCGUCCAAACAAGAGCAGGAGGAGGAGGACGAGGAGUUCGACAAAGAUACUGAGCAAGUAGACCAGGGUGUCGCAUCGGGAGACGACGGAAGAAAUCCACCCAGUGAAGAUCCGGAAGAUUCUGGUGCAGUUGCAAGAGUCUCGUCCGACGCUGCCGCAGAGCGACACUUUCUUGCAGGAACAGUGCCGUUACACGAGCAAUCGCGCCAGGACGCCUCUUCCACCGAGCAUGCAGGUGCUGCCGCGGGUCUGGAAACCCAAAUCGGUGUGGCUGCAGAAGGCGAAGUCCAACCAGGCGACCCGGGUCGCGAGAACGAACAGGCAAGUCACCAACCUGAAGGUGAAGACGACGCCGAGCUUCAAGAUACCGACGCCGUCCCUGAGGAACCACCGGAGCCGCCCCAGCCGGUCGUGAAGGAUUUAAAGUACCGUCUCGCCGCGCUGCGGCAAUACGUCGAGGACGGGAAAGAGGAUCUGAAAAAGGAAGCGAGUCAGCGAGACGAAAAGCGAUCGGUCUUGCGAGAUUUCUUCGUGAAGCGCGGCGCGGAUUUCCUCGAAGUCGCGACGGAAGAGCAACUACUGGAACUUGAAGCGGAGAUGAUGCGACGACAAUCUGAGGACGAGAAGGCCAGGAGGAAAGCGGAGCACGAAGCUGGGGCGGAAGCGAGAGUAGCGGAAAGGGUGAAGUCGUUGAAGAACUACGUUGGAGCGGAGAAAGAAUCGCUGAAAAAGCAAGCGGAGGAAAGGGACCGCAAACGAGGCCAGCUCGCUUCGUUUGUGUCCGCGACGGCGGGAGAGAGUACUGCCUCCGCAGGGAAGGCAAAUCGGCCUGGCGAGGUGAUAAAUGUGGCUUUGGCAGAUGCGGAAGCGAAGUUCCAAGAAGAAGAGCGUGCACGCCUGGAUGCGGAGAAAGACGAGCUUGCGCGCAGAAAGCGGGAGAGCAUCGACAUGGACAAGUUGCACAUGACGCGGCGAGAAAAAGGCAAAUUGCAACUCCACCGUCUCAUCGAGGACAUUCAGGAGGAAUGUGAGCAGCAGCGCUACGAUCCCGUGAAGGCAGCGGAGUUCGAGGAUCGCGAGAAGGUUUCAUCAGCGCGGUCAGCAGCGGCGAAAACAAAAACGCGAAAACCGUCGCCGGACGCCGCUGUGAGUGCGCGGAAGAUGCACAGAUCAGUCCUCGAGCAACAGCAAAAUUUGAAUCGUGACCGUGCUGCUGGGGCUAGAAACGGUGGCGCCUCCGGGCUACACCCAAAAUCCUCAGCGACGACGAGUGGUGAAGCAGCGCAGCGAAAACCACUUUUCGCACUCAGUCCGAAGAAGAAGGCCUCGUCUCGGCCUGCCGCGUUGUCAUUCUGUGAGCGAACUGAUCGCGGUGCAGGCCAGGCCGGAGAUGAUUACGAGUACGGAUCGGUUUAUGCCUCUGGUGUUCAUCUGGGACAAGACACAGGCACUGCGAAUGUCGCCGCAGGACCGGAUGAGGCUGCUCAUCGGCGCGUCGCGGCACAAGGCAUGCCGCUAAUACAGCCAAAGAAGGUCCAGCCGCGGGGACACGACCAGCAGGUUGCUACAGAUCUUCCCUAUGGAGCACCAAAGCCGAAAGUUGUAGCUGGUACUAGAGCAGAACCAAAUCUGGUGCAUCAGGACAACACUGGAAAAGUAAUCGAGCACAAGCCGAAACCGCUACGGAUCCAGCCGAAAACAGCGACGAAAGGCAACACUGUGAUUUCUGUCGACACAGAUGAUCGAGCAACUUCUCGAGCUGCCCUGCCUGCAAUCAGCCACGGUAGCAGGAGUAGCCGGGUCGCCGAUGAGCAAGCACAGCGAGAUGAACUCGGAGGAGUACGCAUAGUUGUAGUUGAUAACGAAGCCGCUCGUGAAAGUCGCCGUCUCGCACGGGAGCUGUCAAAUUGGAACGCAAAGAUGGAGGACGCCAAUGUUUUUGCCGACGUCGAAUUUGCGGACGACGACGAGGAGAAUCCCGUGAAGCUGGAAGCAGAGCGGCUGGUGAAAAACGGCCUCAUUAAGGAUAUCAAGCAGCUGGUUGACGCCCACACCGAAAUGCGUCUAGAAUCCGCACGGGAAGCGUAUGAAGAAGAACAGCAGCUGCUGCUAGCCACCCGCGGCCGCCGCGGGCCGCCGGCAGCAGACCAGAUUCCCGCGGAGACGGUUGACGAAGUGAAUUUUCUGGAUGUGGAGGACGAAAUUCUCGGGGAGCCCGAGCUAACCGAGGACGAAUUGCAGGCGCUGAAGGAAAAAAUUUUGUCGAUUGAAGAAACGUUGACGGACAAGCCCGUCGGUCCUGUAGGAUCUCCUUCGCGGAGGAAUGUGUUUCAGGACCGGGAGGUAGAGCAUGUUCGUGAUGGGAAUAAGAACAAAAAGGACACAGACAGAACAGCAAAAUCAGACAGCGCAGCUGCGGUUCGGCCCGCGCUCCCGCUAAGUCCUGCGGUUGAGCGUCUUUUCGGGGAGGAUAGAGACCCGACCGUCGGGAUUGCGUCUGCUCGGAGCUACGGAUCGCCCCGGGGAAGAAAUAGAGAUCGAGCACUACUGCCCCCACUGAACACGAGCACGACUUCGCGGUCGCAGAGAGACCCCCAGCAGGACACAACCUCUUCUAUCGAUAUCCUUCAGACGACCAUUGCGGUGCCAGCAGAAAUUACAAAGAAAAAGCUGUACCAUUUGCAAAUGGAAAGCCAGUCGGUCGGCGACAUGCUCGAUCAUUACGAACGUGAUUUGCAGCAGCGGCUGAGCGCGCGGCGAGAGAGGGAGCGCACUAACAAUGCAGAUUCGUCAUCGUCCGAAACGGAGACCGAAAAAGCAAAUGCGACAAUCGACAUGGACACGGCACAGUGCCCGCACUUGCCGUUUUACCUGCAGAAGAUUCAGCAGUUGCACCGUACAAAAUUCGUGCCCGCGCGCCGUCAGUUGCGAGCCUUCACGAGCCUGGUGUCAGACUUGCAGCCGGAAUCGUACCCCGCGGACUCGGAGAAGGUUGUUUCCGGUCUGGUACGCGAGAUCGCGGAAAUCCAGGCCGAGUUGCGAAAAAUUGUGGAUCUGAAAAGGGCUGAGGAACACUUGACCGAUGAGCGGAUAGCCUUCGUGGCAGCAAUGGGCGGCACGGCGGAAGAACAAGCAGUAGCUGCGAAAGCAGUGGCGGAGGAGUUCUUUGCAAAGCAGCGUGCAGUGCUGGAGGAGCGGCGGCAGGAGCCAGCUCAGGAAGUUCCUGUGCAGUCAGCUGCGAGUACAGCUCGGUCUCGUCAUGCAGAUGAACUGAAGCAAUCGAAAACUGUGCCAGUUACCGUGACCGCCCGAUCUGCUGGGCCAGCGCCAACUGUUCGCUCGAACACAGCACGCAGUCUACCAGGACCAGAGCUGCUGUAUCACCAAGAGCACCUCUUCAGUGGGUCCCAGCAGCAGAUGCAACAGACCACGCAUAUUACGCAAGAAAGAAAUAGCGCUAGGGUGCCGCCGCGCUUUCCUCACAGUCGGGCUGGGACGCCAGUGGAGCAGACGAGGUCCGCUCGGGAUAGUAAUUACGGCUCGUUACUGAGCAAUAAAACGGAGAAAUACGUGGCACCGCCGCUCGUCAG